AUGGCUACUAUCAAGGCUAUCGAGGCCCGCUCGGUCCACCAAAUCCAAUCUGGUCAGGUCAUUGUCGACCUGUGCUCCGUUGCGAAGGAGCUUGUCGAGAACAGUCUCGAUGCCGGUGCUACAUCAAUAGAGGUCCGCUUUAAGAACAAUGGACUAGAUUUGAUUGAAGUACAGGACAAUGGGGGUGGGAUAGCACCAGAAAACUACGAAGGCCUAGCACUCAAGCACUACACCUCCAAACUCUCGACCUACGAAGACCUCACAAGCCUACGAACCUUCGGUUUCCGCGGCGAAGCACUAUCCUCACUAUGCGCCCUCUCCGACUUCCACGUUGUCACAGCACAAGCCCAACAAGCCCCUCGAGCCAAUCGAUUAGACUUUGAGCCGUCGGGAAAACUGAAGAAGACACAAGUCGUGGCAGGUCAAAGGGGUACAACGGUUUCAGUGGAGGGUCUGUUCAAGAGGUUACCUGUUCGACGGCGUGAUCUCGAGAAGAAUAUAAAGCGCGAGUAUGGGAAGGUUUUGAACCUUUUGCAUGCAUACGCCUGUAUUAGCACGGGUGUUCGCUUUAGUGUGAAAAAUACGAUGGGAAAGACGAAGAAUGUGGUGGUUUUCGCGACGAGUGGGAAUCCGACUACGAAGCAGAAUAUUGCAAAUGUAUACGGUGCGAAGACUCUGUCGGCCCUGAUACAUCUUGAUUUGGCUCUGGAGUUUGAGCCCUCCACGUCGUCUGGGAGGCGUUUGGUGGGAGGUAUUCAGGAUGACGGGGCCAACAAGCUCCAGGUUCAGGGCCAUAUAUCUCGGCCAGUAUUUGGAGAGGGGAGACAGACGCCUGAUCGGCAGAUGUUAUUUGUGAAUUCAAGGCCUUGUGGUCUGCCGCAGAUUUCCAAGGCAUUCAAUGAGGUCUACAAGUCGUUUAACGUUUCUCAGUCGCCGUUUAUAUUUGCGGAUUUUCAUAUGGAUACGAAUGCCUACGAUGUUAAUGUGUCGCCUGACAAGCGGACGAUUCUUUUGCAUGAUGCCGGUGCGAUGAUUGAGUCUUUGAAGAUGUCGCUUACGGAGUUGUUUGAGUCUGCGGAUCAGACGGUUCCUCAGUCCCAGCCGAGUCUUAAACAACAGUUUCUGGGAAGCUCACAGGCCUCUCUGGCAUCUAGAAAGCCGUCUACUCGCGCUCCGUCUCCAGCAAAUGACAAGGAAGACGAGGAAGAAGGGGUACAGAAUGAGGAGGACUCAGAUGCCGAUGAAGGAGCCGAAUCUACCCCGCGCAAUGCCCAGGACAGAAUCAAGAGCUUCCUAGGCAGCCUGGGGAGUAGCAGUCGCGGGGUGGAUACCUCAUCACCAGCUCAUUCUAGUAUACCAGAUCGACCACCCGAUUCAUCACCAACCGCGACUCCUACGAGGUCUGUUCCGGUACUGAGCAGCCAGGCCCACGGCACAGAAGACCAUGAUGACCGCGAGCAAUCACCAAGCGAGUUACCUGAUGCAUCACAAGACCAGCCCCCUAUCCAGGAAGAAACAGAGUUGGAACCUUCACAAAAUACCGCCAUUUCCGAUGAACCUAUAUCGUCACAGGUGGAUCCGCCCGAGGAAACACCAAAUACUAUACAAAAUGCGUUUGAUCGCAUGCGCCCAAGGAGAAUGCCAGCUGAAGUUGCUACCAUCACUAUAGGAGACAAAACAGUUACCUCAAUGGUAGGAAGCGAGAUACCUAAAAAGAGAGCUGUAGAUAGCGGCUCUGGUGGCUUUAUGGGGAGGAAGAGAAGGAUACAUACUCCGUCCCGUCCUGGCAUAUUCGGUCGAUUUUCUGCUCCGGGAACUCAGGCAGCGGAGGCUUCAGAGGAUGUAGAUGAAGAGGAGGAAGAGGAGGAUGAGGAUGAGGUCAACGAGGAUGCUGAGGACAUUCAGGAUGAACAGUCAGAAGAUGGCUCUCAGUUGUUUGUUCCUGACGAUGAAAGCAAUCAUGCAGCCGAUGACAUGGAAGAACCAGAGUCAGCCGAGCACGAUGCCAGUGAUCAGGUUGAACACGAUACGCAAGCCGCCGCACCAGAUAACAUGAGCGAAGAAGAAAAGAAAGCUCAUGAAGAGGCUGAGGUACAGCGCCUUAUCCAGCAAGCAGAAGACAAGGCCGCACUACCCGAUGAAAACACCACCAAUCGAGUCAAUAAGAUGAACAAAGGUGCUGCUCACAAAGAUACCACCGCCCACUUGAUAGGGGCUAUCAAUGGCUCCCUCUCCAAAAUCCAAUCUCAAAUGGAGCAGCUACAGAACAGUCUUCAAUCGCAGACCCCGGAUACAUCCGCAGCCCCAGACGCAGACGAAGCCGCAACAUCCCAACAAACCGCUGAGGACCGUCUCUCACUAACAGUGGCCAAAGACGACUUUGCCAAAAUGCGAAUCAUCGGCCAAUUCAACCUCGGUUUCAUCAUAGCCACGCGGUCAUCUCCAAAGAACGACUCGGACACCGGUAACAAAGACGAACUCUUCAUUAUCGACCAACACGCCUCAGACGAGAAAUUCAACUUCGAGCGUCUCCAAGCUGAAACCGUCGUCCAGAAUCAGCGUCUCGUCCAACCAAAGACCCUCGACCUGACCGCGGUCGAAGAGGAGGUCGUCUUAGAAAACCGUGCUGCACUUGAGAAAAACGGGUUCAUCGUGGACAUCGACGAUAGCGGAAACGAACCCAUCGGCCGACGAUGUAAACUCGUCUCUCUACCACUAAGCAAGGAAGUUGUAUUUGGCGUCCGGGAUCUCGAGGAACUCAUCGUUUUGCUAUCCGAGACGGCGAGUCAGUCGUCAGAUAUCUACAUCCCCCGACCUACUAAAGUACGAAAGAUGUUCGCCAUGCGCGCAUGUCGCUCUAGCAUCAUGAUCGGGAAGAACUUGACUUCGCGACAAAUGGAGAAGGUGGUGAAGAAUAUGGGGACCAUAGAUAAGCCGUGGAACUGUCCGCAUGGACGGCCGACGAUGAGGCAUUUAAUGAGUCUGGGAAAUUGGUGUGAAUGGGGUGAAUGGGAUGUCGUUGGGGAUGAGGAUGGGGACGGAGAGACUGGGGUGGAUGACAUGGGUCUUUGGAGGAGUUAUCUCGAGGAAAUGGCGGAUGGCGAAGAAGAGGAGGAUGUGGAAUAG